AUGGCAGGCCAGACAGUAUCCAUGAAGGAACCAGUAUGUCUGAUUGAGAACGACAGUGAUGGGAAGCUGCGUGUGGUCCGCAGUGCACUGGACAUCCUGGACCAGAUUGACCAGCAUGUGGUAGUGGUGGCGGUGGUCGGGCUGUACCGCACCGGCAAGUCCUACCUCAUGAACAAGCUGGCUGGGGAGAGGAAAGGUUUUGCCCUUGGAGCCACCAUCCAGUCCAAAACUAAGGGCAUCUGGAUGUGGUGUGUGCCUCAUCGAAAAAGAGACCACACCCUGGUGCUGCUGGAUACAGAGGGGCUGGGGGAUGUGGAGAAGGGUGAUGAGAAGAAUGACAACUGGAUCUUUUCCCUGGCUGUCCUGCUCAGCAGUACUCUGGUGUACAACAGCCUGGGAACCAUCGACAACAACGCCCUGGAGAAACUACACUAUGUGACAGAAAUGACAGAGCACAUCAAGGUGAAGUCCAACCAGCGAGACGGGGAGGAAUCUUCAGAGUACCUGCGUUACUUUCCUUCCUUUGUGUGGACAGUCAGAGAUUUCACCCUGACCCUGGAGGUUGAUGGAAAACCCAUCACAGCCAAUGAGUACCUGGAGAACGCUCUUAAACUGAAAACAGGUCAUAGUAAGAACGAUCAGGUAUACAACCUGCCUCGUAGCUGCCUGCGGAACUAUUUCUCUCCUCGCUGGUGCUUUGUGUUUGAGAGGCCAGCCAACGGAAACAAAAUGAGACGUAUGGAGGAGCUGACCGAUGCUGACCUGGAGCCCUCCUUUGUGGAGCAAGCCAAGGAGUUCUGUGACCACGUCUUCAAGGAGGCCAAGACCAAGACCCUGAAACAGGGCCUGAAAGUUACCGGCAGACUGCUGGGGAACCUGGCAGAGACUUAUGUGUCUGCCAUCCGGAGCGGGCAGAUCCCCUGCCUGGACAACGCUGUGUUGGCGCUGGCCCAGAUUGAGAACUCCAGUGCCAUCGAGAGGGCCAGGGCCCACUACCAGAGAGGCAUGGCUGGCUGGGUGGCCUACCCCACAGAGACCCAAGAGGAGCUGUCUGAAGUGCAUGCUGUCAUGGAGAAGGAGGCUGUGGCCAUAUUCAUCAACAGCUCCUUUAAAGACGAGGACCAGAAGUAUCAGUUGGAGCUCAUGAAAGUGCUUCAGGAGCAGUACGAGAAGAUCUGUGAGAGGAACUACAAGGAGUCCCAGAAGGCAUGCGAGUCCAAAAUCAAACGCAUCUUUGCCCCUCUGGAGGAGCAAAUAAGGGAUGGAUCCUACAUGACCUCUGGAGGAUACAAAGAGUACUGCAACAACCUGAAACUGGCCACCAGCGAAUACAGAUCUGAGAAAGGCGGGGGUGUAAAGGCUGAAGAGGUACUGAAGGAGUACUUGGAAAGGAAGGCCAGCAUUGGUCAGGCCAUCCUGUCAGCAGACCAGUCCCUCAGUGAAGCUGAGCAGAGAGCAGAAGGUGAUAUACAGUCACCAUGAAAAUGCACACCA